AUGCCUGUCAACAAUCAAGAAUAUUUUGUCUUACUCAGUUUCUUCUUUGAUUUCAAAAACGGUGCGAUCCAAUAUUCAAGAAACGACAUCAAAGUAUUACAUUCUGAAUGCAACUUUAAUAAUAACACGCGUACAGAUCGUGGCGGCAGUGUUUAUUUUGAGUGCAACAGUUCUUUUGUUCAAAACAAAAUUUGUUCUUUAUCUUCACAAACAACUGUUACUGGUUCAGAAGGGGGUCAUCACUCCUUUUCAAAUAGUAAAGAUUCAAGCAAACUAAAUUUUUUCUAUUAUUCAUCAAUUUGUCUUUGUGGAAAUGAAAAAUCAGUGAAAACAAUAUCUUUAUUCAACGGAAAUAUUUCUGUUCGAUCAACAAAUAUCAGUCAAUGUACAGCAUAUGCUGUUUCGGGAUACGGACUGCAUCCAUUAACAGAUACAACAGUUUCAUUUUGUACAAUUGAAAAUACAACAUGCAAACCUGAUCACAUUGUAUUAGGUCAUUAUCAAUAUAAACCACAUUUUGUUUCUUUUUGCAACAUUUUGAAUAACAAACAGAGUACAACAGAAUUUGGAAUGAUUUAUUGUAAUAUAGUUAUAACAAUUGAAAACUGUUCUAUAUUUGGAAAUGAAGGUCCAUCAGGAUUUAGACUUUUUUCCAUUGACUUUGGAUAUUCAUUUACAGUUAAAAACAGUUAUGUUCAGAGUUCUCCAUCUAUUCCAAAUGGAAUUACUACUGAAAAUAUCAAAGCAGAAGAAAAAUAUUUAACUUUAUCUCAUUUAUCUACAUCUAAAUGCGAAGCUCUAAUUCCUAUAGUUAAUAAUGAUGACAAUAAAAUAAUAAAAGAAGAAGAUGACACAUUUAAUCCAGAAUAUGUUAAAUUUAUUCAAUCAUUAUUUGUUCCUUUAUCAUCUCCUAAUAUCACAUCAACUUAG